AUGUCUAACGUAUACCCUGCUUUGCCAGUCGCCGAUGAUAGCCAUGGCGAAGGCAGUAUGGUAGCGCCACCAGAACGCAGCCCGUCCGAACCUAUCGAUUCACAUCCCGUCUCCGAGUCCUCCCCCGAACCCGAUGCCGCGGACGACUCAUAUGAUGGCGCGUCUGCAGAUUCAGAUGCUGAGGAUGAUGAUGAUGCUGCGGAGGAUAACUAUGAUGACGAGGCCAAUACAUAUAGUCGUGAAAACUCUUCAUCCCCUGCCUCUGCUCCCGGUGGGAGGCGCGGAUCGUCGCCGGUCUCCGAAACCGAGUUAAUAAGACAAAAUCCCGAUUUGUAUGGACUUCGUCGAAGUGGACGCGCUCGCACAACACGCCAUCUCGCCGACUCGUCUGACUCGGAGUCAGAUAUUGUCGCGCCCCGUUCGAAACGUCGGCGUACCGAAACAUCCCAACAGCCCUCCAAAGCCUCACGGUCCGCCACUGUGUCGUCACUAUCGGAGUCAGACAGCGAUGAGUAUGGGGGAAAGAGUGCUCGUGCAAGCAAGGCACGAAGGCGCCGUCUCCAACAAACCACCAGCUAUGAACCUUCCUUGAAUGAGGUUCGCUUCUCAACGCGAACCGCUAAUAAGGUGUCUAAUUAUAAUGAAGAGGAUGAUGAGGAUGAAGCCAUGUUUGAAGAAGACCCGGAGGAUCUUGCACCGAACUACUGGGCGGAAACCUAUGUUGAAGACAACCGGCCUGCUGUCGAUGUUGUUCUCAAUCAUCGCCUCAAGCAGGGUGUUGACCCCCAGACCCAGGAUAUCGACCGUAAUGACUUUGAGUUUUGCAUCAAGUGGCAAGACAAAUCUCACUAUCAUGCCACAUGGGAAAGCAACGAGUCCAUGGCAAACUUCCGCAGCACGCGACGUGUUGACAACUACGUUCGAAAGGUGCUCAACGAGGAUAUCCGCUUACAGUAUGGUGGCGACGUUCCCCCUGAAGACAGGGAAAAGUGGAACCUUGAUCGCGAACGUGAUGUCGAGGCAAUCGAAGAUUACAAAAUGGUUGAACGAGUUAUCGGUGUACGUGAUAGUGAAGAUGGCACCACCGAAUACCUCGUCAAAUGGAAACGCCUGUUCUACGACUCAUGUACAUGGGAACCCGAAGACUUGAUCAGUGAGAUUGCACAGCGCGAAAUUGAUCGUUUCUUGGAUCGCACUGCUCGUCAACCUGUCUCCGAUAAGAACGAAACCACCCUGGCUACACGCAAGUCGUUUGAGCCCAUCCACGGUACCCCCAGCUUCUUACAAAACGGAGAGCUGAAGGAUUUCCAGAUCAAGGGACUGAAUUUCUUGGCUUUCAACUGGGUCAGAGGUCGCAAUGUGGUCCUGGCAGAUGAGAUGGGUCUUGGAAAGACUGUGCAAACCGUCUCGUUCAUCAACUGGAUGCGGCAUGUCAGACGGCAGCAAGGUCCAUUUAUUGUCAUCGUCCCCCUCUCCACAAUGCCAGCUUGGGCUGACACAUUCGACAAUUGGACCCCAGACCUCAAUUAUGUGGUCUACAACGGUAGCGAAAAAGCUCGCUCCGUUCUUCGCGAUUACGAGAUGAUGGUAGAUGGGAAUCCCAAGCGUCCCAAAUUUCAUGUCUUGUUAACCACCUACGAGUACGCAAUGAACGAUUCCCCCUUCCUUGGGCAAUUCAAGUGGCAGUUCAUGGCUGUCGAUGAAGCCCACCGUCUCAAGAACCGUGACUCUCAACUUUAUAUCAAACUGUUUGAAUGGAAGUGUCAGGCUCGUCUUCUGAUCACUGGCACCCCAAUCCAAAACAACCUCGCUGAACUUUCAGCUUUGAUGGACUUCCUCAACCCAGGCCUGAUUGAAGUCGAUGUGGAUAUGGAUCUGAAUGCUGAAGCUGCAUCGCAAAAGUUGGCAGAAUUAACAGACGCUAUUCAACCCUUCAUGUUGCGUCGUACCAAGUCCAAGGUUGAGUCUGACCUUCCCCCCAAAACCGAAAAGAUCAUUCGAGUUGAACUGUCUGAUGUUCAACUGGAAUACUACAAGAAUAUUUUGACGAAGAACUACGCCGCGUUGAAUGACGGAAAUAGGGGAAUGAAGCAAUCUCUUUUGAAUAUCAUGAUGGAGUUGAAAAAAGCUAGCAACCAUCCUUUCAUGUUCCCCAACGCGGAAGCCAAGAUUUUGGAAGGUAGCUCUCGCCGCGAAGAUAUUCUUCGUGCUAUGAUUACCAGUAGUGGAAAGAUGAUGCUUCUCGACCAGCUCCUCCGCAAGCUGCGAGGUGAUGGCCAUCGUGUUCUGAUUUUCUGUCAGAUGGUUGGCAUGCUUAACAUCCUGAGUGAAUACAUGGAGUACCGUGGCUAUAAAUACCAACGUCUCGAUGGUACCAUCCCAUCUGCCUCGCGUCGUCUGGCCAUUGAGCACUACAAUGCACCGGGUAGCACCGAUUUCGCAUUCCUUCUCUCCACCCGUGCUGGUGGUCUCGGUAUUAACCUGAUGACUGCAGAUACUGUUGUCCUGUUUGAUUCGGAUUGGAACCCCCAGGCUGAUUUGCAGGCCAUGGCUCGAGCUCAUCGAAUUGGCCAAACAAGACCUGUCAGCGUUUACCGUCUUGUCUCAAAGGAUACAAUUGAAGAGGAGGUCAUUGAGAGAGCUCGCAACAAGCUCCUGCUUGAGUUCAUUACUAUCCAGCGUGGUGUCACAGACAAGGAAGCGUCUGAGAUGCAAAACAAGAUGGCUCGUGUUGUCAGCGAGCCCAAUUCCACUGAUGAUAUCUCUCGUAUUCUCAAACGCCGUGGCCAGAAGAUGUUCGAGCAAACCGACAAUCAGAAGAAGUUAGAACAACUCGAUAUCGACUCUGUUCUUGCGAAUGCAGAACUGCACCAAACCGAGGAGGCAGAGCAGAUCCAGGCUGAUGGUGGCGAGGAAUUCUUGAAGGCUUUCGAUUUCGUCGACAUCAAGGUGGAUGAUCUCACCUGGGACGACAUCAUUCCCAAGGACCAACUCGAUGAAAUCAAGGCCGAGGAAAAGCGCAAGGAUGAUGAGGUUUAUCUUGCUGAAGUGAUUGAACAAAACCGACCCCGCAAACGUCACGCUCCCACAGACACUAAGGACUCACGAGAGGAACGUAAGGCAAAGCGUCUAGCGCGAGCUCAAGUCCACAUCGAUGAUGGUGAGGAUGACAGUGCCUCAUUGGAUCCCAAACGUCCUCUUGGAGAGAAAGAGUACCGUGCUCUCUCUCGAGCCUUCCUCCGCUACGGUGAUAUGGAUGACUCUGAAGAGCUGAUACUCGAGGACGCCCGAUUGCAAACCCGCGAUCGAGGCACUAUUCGUGCAGCUCUUCGUGAAAUUACUGACAAGGCCAACUCGCUUGUUCAAGAAAGCCUUGAACAAUUGGAAGCAAUGAAGCAAUCAGGAAGAAAUCCCACAAAGAAGGAGCAGAAGGCAGUUCUAUUUGAUCACCACGGCGUGAAACGCCUCAAUGCCUGGACGAUUGUUGAGCGUCCGCCUGACAUGCGUCUCAUCCGAAGCAUCACAAAUUCGCUGCCUGACUUCAGGACAUUCCGUCUUCCUGAGGCUACUAAGACGGCGGACUACAGCUGCGUAUGGGGCGCACGUGAGGAUGGAAUGCUUCUUGUUGGUAUCGCGCGCCAUGGAUUUGGUGCAUGGACUCAGAUUCGUGAUGAUUCCGACCUUGGUCUUGGUGACAAAUUCUUCCUCGAGGAACAUCGAGUGGAACGAAAGACACAGCGUCUGCAGACCGAGGAGAAAGCCACGAAGUCUCCCGGUGCUGUACACCUUGUUCGACGAGCUGAAUAUCUCAUGUCUGUUUUGAGGAACAAGUAUAACAACAAUGCCACCGCAAGAAGAGCAGUGGACAACCAUCACCGGAACAACAAGCGGAAUUCACGGGUUUCUGGAAGCGGUAGCGUUUCUGCCUCUCCGGCUCCCUCGGGUUCCCGCAAGGGCCACCGUGAGUCCGAUCGUCCACGCCCACGCUCCCACACACAUGGCGGCCGGGAUGAUCGGCAUCACACUCCCAAUCGCGACUCUCGCCCUCGAUCUGGUAUGGAUAUUGACCGUCCUCGCCAUCGUUUGUCUGACGCGUCCAACGACGAACUUCGUCGACGCAAAGGACAUGAAAAUGGAAGUUCCAGCAAGGAGGAUAUGGCUUCCAUGUUCUUCAGGCCCAUUGUGGCCAACCUGAAGCAAGUGGCAAUGAUUACAGCCAAGAAUUAUCCCAGCAAGAACGAGAGGGCUCAGAAACUCCGUCUCACUCUUGUCAAAAUUGGUGAAUUCAUUCGCAAUACCUUGGAGGGCUCUCAAUCGAUGCCCUCCUUGGAAGUCCGCCUUUGGGAUUACGUUUCGCUGAACUACUGGCCAAACAAGGAGGCCAGUGGAGCCAAGUUACAACAGAUGUUCAACAAGGUCAUGGAAGCAAGCAAAGCAUCCAAGCCCUCUAACGGUACAUCAGCGUAA